AGCAAAGAAAGAAGUGCCACAGAAAAUCAAUUGGGCGUAGGGCGAAGGCAACAGGUGAAGUGUCAACGUGUGGCUGCAAUCUGCCUCCGCACUCACUCCACGCACACGCCGCCGCUAUACGCGACGGCGCCGAGCGCAUCGCCGCCGGCCCCUCCCUCCCUGCGCCUGUACUCAGCCCGCUGCUUCUCAGUCCACUUCAUCCACAGCUCCUCUUCUCUCGGUCUAGAGAUCCGUCCGGGCACGGUAGUCUCGCCUUCGUUUUGCUUGUUUUCCAAAAUUUUGGGGGUCACGUGAAGCCCGCCCCUGCUUCCGGAGGGACGUAUUCCUGUUGCGUCGCACCUGAGCUUGUUUUUUAUAUAUUUAUAGUAAAGAUGCUGGUUUUAAAUGUUCCGUCUUCUUCAAAUUUCCAAUUCCCCGUGUUUUUUGCGUAUGGAUGGAUAAUGGUGCAGUAGCUGAUGUCAAAUACUAUUAGAAUAGAGCAGUAGCGAGCAUAUACUUCAGUUAUUAUUGCCCGGUGCAAGGUGGUGAUUGUAGAAUCCUUCUGCUUGGUCAACAAAGAACAAUGAUGAAUUUAGUGGCACAUGUUUUCUUCUACCAUGAAUUGUUUGCCAUCAGAAUAUUACAUUUUAAACACUUUAUGUUGGAAUACAGCAACCUUUUGAUUGUACUAGAUAUCUGAUGUACCAAUGCUAGAAUAGAAGUCAUUUGCUCAUAAUUGGAUCCCCCAAACAAUAGGAGUUCUUAAUCUUCUAUCUUUUUUUGAAGUGUGAAAUAUGAAUGGCACUGUGCUUGUGCUAGUUUGAAAUCCAAUCCAGGAGUGAUUAGGGUUAGGGAUGUUCAGCUCUGUACCAUAGAGCUGCUUUGUGCAUGUUUGGUAUCUUGUGCCCAUUUUCUUCUGCAUAAAUCCAAAUCUUUAGGUUUUCUGUUUUCCCACUUUCAGCAUAAAACAAUUUCUAUUUGACACGAGACCUUUUUCAUCCGUACCUGCCCCCAAUUUUUUUCUUAGUGAUUUGGAAUUUAUGGCUUAUCUUGCUGUAAUUUCAUUGUUUAGUCAUGUUGAAGGAUGUAGUAUCUGUGGUAGUAUGGCUGUGAGAGGCCAAUGGUUUUGAAUUUUCUUUGCCAUUAUUUUUCUAAGUUAGUUCCGCUUAAAUAUAUCAUGAUCAAGGCCAGUUGCUCCUUUCUUAGAAGCGGUCUGUGCUUCUGUUAAGUUUCUAUUUGCAGAAAUCUAAAUUUUAUUUAGUCAUGUUGAAGGAUGUAGUAUCUGCGGUAGUAUGGCUGUGAGAGGCCAAUGGUUUUGAAUUUUCUUUGUCGUUAUUUUUCCAAGUUAGUUCCACUCAAAUAUAUCAUGAUCAAGGCCAGUUGCUUCAUUCUUAGAAGCGGUCUGGGCUUCUGUUAAGUUUCUAUUUGCAGAAAUCUAAAUUUUAAUACCAUGCCUAAUAAUGUCUAAUAGGCACAACGAACAAUUACUCUAGAAGAGUUGUACUCUUUGGUGUGCCGUACUCUCUGUAACAAUCUUACCAAUUACCAUUCUUGAGAAGAGGUACAUCUGUCCGUCAGCGAUGUCCAUAGAAGAGAGGAAGAUAAGUAUGAUAAGCAAGAGCACUGCACUAAAUCCAAAUGCAGAGGAAUUUGUUCCUUCGUCCCUUAGAUCUUUCAGUGAUUCCUCCAAGAAAUCAGAUGCAACUAUGAUUGUCUCAGGGUCAUCUAAAGAAUCUAGCACAGACAAGCCAGAAUCCAUUUUACGAAGUAACUCUGAUGAAGAAGCACAUCAGUACUGGCAGCAACAGCUCCCUGACGACAUCACCCCUGAUUUCAAAGUCCUGGGACAAGACGAAAGUCCUGGACCUGACAGUCUAUCACUCACAGGCCUGUCGAUUAAUGAUGGCAUUGACACAUCAAUAUUUUCUCCAAACCAGACACUGGGCGUGCAGCACCAUGCUUCACCUUUUAUCAGGGACAAACUGAAUACACGCCCAAAAAUUAACUUGUCUGGCCCAACUUAUAUGGACGAACGGUCCCAAGCCGCAAUUUUGAGUCCAACUGCAGGUUCCAUGAGUCCAAAUGCUGCUCCAUGGGUGAAGAAUCUAAGGAAUGGGGGACAUUAUAACACAAGCAGAAGGGAUGCCACUGCCAGUCACUACAAUGGAGAUUCUAGCAUUGGGGCUUCAUUGCACAACCUCACUGAUGCGUAUCAUGGAAGCAGGCGCAGCUUAAGCACGACUAUGGAUAUCAUGAGUCAGCUGGAGAGUAAAGUCGAUGGGCGACUCAAUCAGAACCUCAGGUCACUGUCGUUUGGAAAUUCAAGUCCUCCAUCACCAGCAUCAUAUGCCCAAAAUGGUCUUGGAAACUAUAGUAAUGAAGCUUUUGGUCUGCCAAACAGUCCAUAUAGAUCUCAUUCAGCUAUACUCGCAGAUGAUAUUGUUUCACCUUCAGCUGGACGUGAACAUAUAUCCCUCGAUGUUCCUAGAGGAAGGUAUAAGACAACUAGUUUGCCUGUUCCUGGUCUUGGUUCAAGCAGAGGUUCUCAGGUGUUGGGUGGCCCAUAUAAUGGAAACCAUGAUAUGAUCUCAACCAAUACCCUACAAAACAUGGCUGGAAUUCAGACAGGAGCAGCUUGGCUUGAAACUGAUGCUGCGGCAAACACAUAUUUGGAAUCAAAGGAUGAAGUUCAUGAUUUUGCAAGCCUGCGACAUGCAGUUCUUGAACAGCAGGAUAGACAGGCUUUUCUGAUGGGAAACAACCCUUUAGCAAAGGAUCUAACAUUGAAGGAGCUAUACAGUAUACAAAGCAGGUUGGCUCAGGAGAAAGCUAGAGAAACAACAUACCGACAAAGAUUCCAAAUACCAGAGCUUCAAGGCCUCAUCCAGGAGCAGAAUCCCCCAAUCGAUCUCUGUGGUCUUCACAUCAGCGAGGCCAUGCACGUCCUGAACUACGAGCUCAACAACCGAAGAAAGAUCGUGAGAUCCACUGGUCGCCGACUCCAGGCUAUGAUCAUAUCAAGCGCCCGCACCCCAGCACGGCUGACUGCUGCCGUCGAGCAGUACCUCAUGGAACACGGCCUUCAGUACACGCAGGCACAACCAGGCCUCUUCCGCGUCCUGCUCUAGUGAUGGAGCCGGCCUAGCUGUUGUCACAACUGGAUCAGACGAGAAAGAAGAAAAAAAAAGUUGUACUUUUGUAUAUGGCAGAGAUGGCUAGCAGGAUAGAAGCGUUAAGAUAGCUCAUGCAUUCACAUAUCAGGCUUUAGCAAAUGUAUACAUCUUAAAAUUUGCGGAGUUAGGUCUUUGGUGCUGGUGGAUGCAUAAGGUGAUAGCAUCUUCAAAAUCAUGUUCUCGUUCACAAUCUUUGGUGCUGGUGGAUGCAUAGUUCUUUUGUU